UCAUGCUGCUGCCAGGUCCAAGUCUCUCAUGGGUCCCCUGUACGGCCUCCCAUUGCUGCUGUCUCCAUCGCCACACUCUGGCCAUGUGCCACUUUCAGGUCUCCUCACACACUGCUGGUGUUCCAUUUUUUGUCAUAGGGUGCUGGGCAGAUUAACGGGCCUCCCCAUAGCUGCUGGCCCAGGCCCCUAAUCUGCCAUGGGCCCCCCAGUACCGCCUCCUCAUGCUCCUGCCAGGUCCAACAGUCUCUCAUGGGUCCCUGUACGGCCUCCCAUUGUGCUGCUGUCUCCAUCGCCACACUCUGCCAUGUGCCACUUUCAGGUCUCCUCACACUGCUGGUGUGUUCCAUUUUUUGUC